AUGGGUGGCUCAAAUUCUAGUGAAGGUGUCCAUUUGCGUUUCCUAGACAAACGUUUGGAGAUACCACAAGCCCCCGUGACAGACUAUGUUCAGAUGCGUUUCGAUGAACUUUUGCUUAUCGCAAGCACCAACACUGAAUUUCGAGACGAGUUAAAUUCGGCUGAGUCAAUUGAAAACAAGUGGGCGUAUGUUUAUCUGAGUAACCUUUCAGAUGAAAAGGUCACAGAAAGUUGGCUGGAUCCACGUGACUACGUGGAACUGUUGCAACGUUAUCGCAAUAGUGAAAAGUAUGCACAUGACCUUUUUCUUGCAAUUCGGGUCAAUAUCUUGAUUAGACCGCGAAUGUGGGUUGAGAAAUUUAUCGAAGAGAGCGGAGUUGAAGAAUUGGUGGCACCUUUGCAGACCCGUGGUUGCACUUCAAAUGAUGCCUGCAAUAAUAUAAUAACAACGCUCUUUGUUGUCGCUAACAGUAGUGCUGCUUUUCAAGCUCUUAUGAAGAUUUCUCAGUGCUGUCCGAUGCUAUACUCGGUCUUUCGUACUACUUCUUCGAACAUCGUUAAAAUACGCGUGCUGAAAUUACUGGGAAUGUUUUGUCGCGACGGCACGAUGGCUCACGACGCCGUACUGAGCAUAUUUGCACUACAUCGCUCUGAAGGUAUGUCGCUUCAGUCGCUUUUCUUAGGGCCUCAACAGAAUCAUUCGGACGUUGGACUUAGACUUGCAACAUUAAAGUUUGUGAAUAUUUUGCUGGACACUACGCGGGACAAGAAGACGCGAGCCGAAAUGUGCCAAGAUCUGAAGAUCAACGGGAUCUUCGCAUUUUUGAAACCGUAUCAUAGUCAUAAGGACGACAAUGAACUCAUUACCACAUCAUUGGAAGCUCAAGUAACAUUAUUUCGUAAAAAUUACGACGAAGUUGUGGGAGGAGACAAUCCUGAGCCUUUACAAUUAUCGCUCGGCGACGGAUUGCACAGCAGUGAUACUGUAAGGAAAACUGAUUUGACAAGCAACCAAGGCGAAAAUGAUGAUGUUAGCAUAUUUGCACGGCCUGAAAUGGAAGAACUGGUUGACAAAAGUACAACUUUUUCAGCUAUUGAUGAAAAUGGAUGCAUAGAGACUGACAAUCGAAUGCCAAUCGUUGUAUCAUCCGAACAUGCAUCUUCGCUUGAUGAUAUUUUGGAGCAGCUUCAUCAACGAACGAAGACUUUAGACCGCAGCUCUAAUGAAAAGCUAGUUACUAUUUUGCAAAAACUCGUUGUAAGUCUUUCCGACGAAUCUCAAGCAAGUAAAAGUGUUCAUCGCCUGGUCCCAAGUUUAUUCUCAGACGAAUCGAAAGAGCCAACUAUUGAUGUUAAAACCGAGAGUGAGCCUGAUUUCCUCACGCGCGUAAGUAUGACUUUGUUUCCAAGCUUUAACGAGCCAUCAACGUCUAUUGUUAAACCUCCGACUUCUGGACGACCAUCUUUCUUUUCAGGGUUUGGUGAUUUUUCAAUUCCAUCUCUGAUCUCUUUAACUCCAGCGAAAAGCUCUGUUUCAAGACCAUCACUUUCGAGCUUUUUAGGAGCUGACAGUGCGAUACGAUCGACAGAUCAAACAUCUGCAAGGAAUGCCAAGUUGACACUUCCACUUUUUCAAAGCACUGGAAACAGACCGGGAGUUGGUAUCACACCAGCCUGCACACCAGUCGCUACUGCCAGCGUUCGAAAAGAUGCAAAACGGCCUGUAUUUCCUUCAUUUCUGCCGGAAAACGAUAUGCAUCCAGCUUCAUCCCUCGCAAAUGAUUACUCAGCAGCUGCACCACUUGAUCCUGUCGCGGAUCUCCCUCUUGCUUCUAACUUACCUCUUUUCGGCAAUGCAGCAGCCAAGUCAUCUGUGACUGUAACUAAGUCAUUGGCUAUCAAACCGAACUCCAUGUCGAAUGAUACUACACCGGACACAUCCGAUUUCAAAGGUGAUGUUGUCGAGCCUCAAGAACUUUUGCCUAUGGGAGCACCUCGAGCGGCUGAUGGUUUGAAAAUGGAGCACGUUAAUUUGAGUUCAGACUUUCUUAAGGGGCAGCAUGGCCGUUCCCCGAAGGCAUCACGAGAAUUGGUGCCGUCUAAAGUAAUCACACUCGACAUGUCCGAGGCUCCUGAAGCUUCAUUUGAAGAUGAUAUGGCAAAAUUUGAAUCUAAGUCGACGUCGACUCUAGCGGGUCCGAGUGUGGCAUCAGUACGGACCAAUGAUCAUCCAUCUGCUUUGUCAUCUCCACAGAAAUCACCUACCUGUCCAGAUAUUACUACUUAUGUUGAAGGAGACAUUCAAAAGAGUUUUUUCAGUACCCCAUUAGCUGGGAGAUUUCCGUCCAGAACAUCCUCAAAACUAAGAGUUAAGGAUGAUCGUGUUUACGCCAAGUUCUUCAAGCUUCUUUCAAUGGGGGCACCUAUCGCUGCUGUCAAGGCGAAAAUGGCUCAAGCUGGUCUGAAUAGCAACCUUUUAGAUACACCAGACGCCGACGUGCCCAAUGAUGCAUUUCGGACAUCAUUACAGGCAAAAGAUCGAAGUUCUCAUGCGACACUCUCGACUGCGCAUGCAAGUCACGCAAAGUCUCGGAGCGAAUAUUAUAUAAGAGUAAAAGACGAGCCACAGUAUGCAAAGUUCUUCAAACUUUUAUCCAUGGGGGCUCCUUAUGACUCUGUAAAAGCAAAGAUGCAGAUGGCAGGACUUCAGCCAGAACUUUUAGACACACCUGAAGCUACAUUUAAGUCAGCGACUGAUGUGCCUUUGUCCCAGCCUCUUCUUAAAGUGAAGGACGAUCCGUCGUAUACCAAAUUUUUCAAGCUUCUUGAAAUGGGUGCUCCUGUGGAAUCUGUGAAAGCAAAGAUGCAAAUGGCAGGGCUGAAGCCAGAUCUUCUUGAUACACCUGAUGCUAGUGUACCCAACGAAGAUAUUAAGUCCGCUGGACUGGCUCGUGUAAAGGUUAAAGAUGACCCUGAAUACACCAAGUUUUUUAAGCUGCUUGCAAUGGGAGCACCAGUUGAGAGCGUUAAGGCAAAGAUGAGGAUGGCGGGUCUCAAAGAAGAAUUUCUUGAUACACCUGAUGCCUUCUUGCCUAUAAGAACUCCAGUUGUUCAAACAGCUUCACCACCUCCUAUGACAACCGCAGCACGUAGAGCGCAUCUUUCGAUAGCAAUUAAGCCUGCUCUUAUGGCCAAGACGCGCGCAUUCUAUUGGCAGCACUUGAACGCAAAUGCAAUCAAAGGGACGAUUUGGGAGGAGCUCGACAAGGAGCACAGUAAUCAGACCAAUCAAGAUUUCGUCAAAUUAACUGAAAGCGAUUUGAAAGUUCUAGAGACCGAGUUCCCUCCACCUGCUGCUUGUGGCCCAGGGACCGGUACUCGACGUGGAGUUGGAAGUGGAUUUUUGUCUCCGGACAGUCCUGCUUCUCCCCUCGCCUCACCCAAGAUUGUAUUUUUGAUUGACAGAGCACGAUCCAAUAAUAUCUCUAUUAUUAUCAAGCAGUUCAAAAUGAGCAACGCGGCUUUGCGAAUGGCUAUCAUGAGGAUGGAUUCCGAAGUAUUGACUCUCGAUCGUGUCCACGGACUAACAAAGAUGUUACCGACUGAGGAUGAAAUCGUGUCAAUUUCGGGCUUCACUGGAGACCCAUCCACGCUUAACGGAGCAGAACUUGUUCUUAAAGAACUUAUAACUGUCCCUCGAUUGAAGCAACGACUUUCAGCUCUAGAAACAAAGCACCAAUUUCCGGCGCUUGUACGUGAUCUACGGACAAAGAUCAACAAAAUACGUAUUGCCAGUCACGAUGUUGCUCAAAGCACAGAGCUGAAGGCGAUUUUGCUCGUAAUUUUACAAGUUGGAAACAAAAUGAAUCAUGACACUGCUCGUGGAGGAGCAAAGGGAUUUCGACUCAAUGAUCUUACAAAGCUGGUACAGCUCAAGUCAGUCGAUAAGUCAAUCACUCUCCUACACUAUGUCGCAAGAAUGGUACGGUUGAAGAGAAGCGAUGUAUCGCGAUUGGGAGACUCGUUGGCGUCUCUGUAUGAUGUUCAAAGUAUUUCGAUAUCGGAGCUUCAAGGUGACAUGAACAAGAUAAACGACAUUUCCGAAAGCAUCAACGUUGAAUUAGCCGCUCAACGUCUUAAAAAUAGAAUCGAGCAGAAGGAAGAAAGUGAUCUGUUUGUUGAGACGAUGUCUUCUUUUGUAGAUGAAGCUUUGCAAGAGGUCGCAACCUUAAGAACAGAAUUAGACAAGACAUUGCGGUUGGUGCAAUACACUAUUUUACGCUUUGACAAGAGCGAAAAUGAAGAGGUUGCUGCACUUAAUGUCCCGAUAACAUCGGCAACAUUAUUGGGGGCUAGCGAGUUCUUCAGCAUUAUCUAUGAAUUUACAAUAUCGCUUAUCAAAGCAGACCGUGAAAAUGAAUCAAAACGAAUUCGAGAAGAAAAGCGAUUAAAACAGCAGGAACUGAAAUGUGCAACACCUCGCAAAAGCUCUAAUGAUCGCAUGAAAUUCACUGGGAAAACAGGAUCUGAAAUUUCUGGUAACUUUCGACAGAAGAGCAUUCCAGCAACUCCCAAUAUCGUCAUAUCGCAGACCACAGACGCCCUUUUGUCUACAUCAGGAUCUCUUAACAAUUUGUCGACUGCUACAUCUCGUGUCGCAUUGGUACCAAUCCUGACAAAAGAUAUUCUAUCUACUGCAAACAAAAUGAAUGUUGAUGUGUCUGUAAUUGCGGAAACAGUGGUCGAAGAGAAAGUUGGACUUCGAUGUGCAAAAUCCUCUACUUCUGAACCCAAGUUUGCGAAAGCUUUGCUUAAACCUCCAGCUCUACAUACCGUUCCUACUUCACCCUUAAAAAAGAUUAUAGGGGGUCUACCUACAGGUAUUCCGAGUCCGAGUUCGACAAAGCGCAUAAACUCUUCAGCUACAUCAGCUGAAAAAAAAUCGGCUUCGAGUAGAUCAGCGGUUCCUUUCGAUGCCGCGUCUCUUAGCAAAAUCAAGUCGCAGUUGAAGACUAGAAAGGGAACAAACGAUGAGCCUCAGAUGCUCCGAAAAUGGAAGCCUGAUGUUAUAGUCGAUGGCGAUGAGCACGAAAAUAAUAACAGCGAACCUUCAUCGCCAGAACGUGCUCUUACGGAAGUUAGGCCCAUUCUAGUAUCUGUGCAUAGAAAGUCAUGA